AAACAAACGAUUUUAUUUAUAAUACUCAAAUAACUGCCGAAUGUCACGAGCAUGUGUUAGAAUUCGUUGAUCAAACUAAAUUUAAAAACUUAGAAAGGAUCCAAAAUUCUAAUAACUAUAUUGCCGUUUGGGAAGAAGGGUAUUUAUUAUCUUGGAACGAAAAAUCGCACAAAUGGAAUCGUCAGGGAAAACAACGGGUUAAAUUAAUAACUAAUUAUUACAGCGAAAAACUUUUGGUUCGCUUUCUUAAAGAGGAACAUGAACAUUCGAAAAAAGAACCAUCAAAACGGCUAGUUUAUGGAAUAACAUAUAUUAAAUCUAAGGGUUAUGCUGUAAUUGAAAAAGUAUUUCAAUGUCCUAAUUGUGAUAAUAAAGAUAUAUCUCCCCGUUGGUGUAGCAGAUGUAUUACUGAUUAUUUCGAAACAAAUAGUUUGAAAAGCGGAAGUUCAAGAAUUGAUAAUUUCAUUUACAAUACACAAAAAAAUUCCGAAUUUCCCGGCCAUGUCUUAGAAUGGAUCCCAGGAAAUCAAUUUAAAAAUCUUGAAUUGAUUGACGAAG